AUGGAUGUUACAAAAACAAAUUUUCUUGCUCUCCAUAUAUGUAUUAACAAUGAAGGUAGAAAAAAAAACAUACAAUGCCUGCCUAAUAAUUGCAAAAGGAAGAACAUCAACAAUCAACCCUCUUUCCCAUAUUUUUUUAUAGAACCUUGGGUGCAAAUAACGCGCAACCUCUGUAUUGGAGCAAAGCCUAAUGAAUAUGGAAUCUUUCAAUUGCCAAGAGAUGGAGUAAUCACUAGUUUGAAGUUACAAAAUGUAAAUGGAACCGGUGUUACAUGCCUUCCAAGUGCACCAUUAACAUUAUGGGGCUGUGAUUCGAUUGAUUAUUACAACAAAGACAAUAUUGGUGUUGUGGUUACAGACAGCCAAAACACAAUACUAUACCCGUCUAUGAAAAGGCAUGUUAACAAUGGCUUCUUUUCUAUUCCUGGGUAUAAUGCCUAUUCACCUUACGUGGUAUUUAACUCAACGAACUACACUGCAUAUGAAGGGCAGGAGUUAAGAUUGCAUUAUGGUGAAACAUUAUUUCCUGUACCGAGUAACGACAACUCUGAUUUCAUCUGCGUUGAUAUCUUUGCAAUAAUAUUCGAUUUGUAAACGAAGAUGUUCAUUGUUGGACACUCCUUGUGUCAAUGACAGCAUGUCUAUUUUGUUGAUGAUAAAUGUUUUAUUGUGACUGUUGCAUGGUUAUUUGGUUAUUUACACAGGAACAAUAACUGUGAAGAAGGACGUUUUCGCGAUUUCGUCAUUCUUGGUUUAAACUGCUAAAGUUGAGUCCCACACGAGUGUGAGGAUGAAAUAAUACUUUUGUUGUAUAUAACCUUCAUUCGCAUUGUUUAAAUUUUGCGUAUUAAUUGGUAACCAACUCUUUGAAUUGGUUUUAAACUGUUCUAUCGUUUUGGCAUUUUUUGGUAUCUUCGCACCAUGAUUCAAUUAUUUAUUUUAUGUCGCUAUGUUGGAUCUGAAAUUCUAGUUUUUGCUUAAUCCCCAUAAAGUAAUAAAAUAAUGACUUCUUUGAAACCCAUUAAUUAAUUAUCAGACAUUUUUAUUUGUACCUAACCAGUGCCGUAACUGCUUCCUACUAAAAAAAGAAAGAAAGAAAGAAAGAGGAAAAGAAAGAGAGAAAGAAAGAUGGAAAGGAAGGAAGGGAAUAACAGUAAAAAAGAGACACAGAGAGAAAGCCAGAGAGACAGAGAGAAAUGAAAAACAGGGCAUUUUCCGCCCACUUAGUUUUGUAAAAUUUUAAAAUUUUGCACUC